AAGGUAUGCUGGAGCCCCAAGACUUGGGAGGGAAAGUAGAUACUUUCGUUAAGCGAAGGCAUAAAGGAAAGCUGGUCGAAUUUCUAAUCUAUUUUGGAGAAAUAUAGUCUAUAAAGACAGGUAGGGUAGGCUACUUAUAAACACAUGUAUUUUUGUAUCACGCGUAAAGUAAUAAGACGUUGGUUAUAACCACAUUAGUAGAUAUAUCUUGGUGAGGUUUGAUUUUGCCAUCAUUCAAUUCAACGAUUGAUAACUUCAUGGCUUUGAUAGCAACUGAUACUGAUCGUAGCUGCAAAUUGAACGGGCCGUCGACAAUUAACGGUAGGAUUGGCACAAGAAGACAAGGCAAGACAGGCAUAACCGGUAAAAUGCAGCCCAAAGACACUGAAUAUUCAACAGAUGGGUUACCCAAAGCCUUUUUACACAGUUUGAGGACACUCUUUGACAUCCUUGAUGAUGGGAAGAGAGGGUAUGUGCACAUAUCGGAGAUUGAGAGUAGAUGGCAUGGGGCAGAUACUCAUGAUUUGCCCGGCGGGGUUCUGGAGUGUCUGAGGCGGGUGGCCCCACCGCAUGGUUGUCUGUCAUUUGAGCGCUUCGUGGCGGGGCUGCGAUACUCCAUGCCGAACCCGGAUAACAACAACCACAUAAAGGCUCAGGUUUCCCUGCACCCGAAACAAGAACUCCUGCACUCCAAACGGCACCAUAUGCCAGCGCAAAAACCUGCCCCGCUCUCUACCUGCUCUGUCGGAACUCGGAUUGAAAACAAAGUUCGCCCACUGGGUCCAAGCAACGGGACAAAUACGCAUCACAAACGCGCGUCCUCACUUCAGAGUCGGUCCAGACAUAAUGAGGGGAACACUGGAUACCCACCAGUCACCUCGGUCGUAGGUGGUCCCAUGCGUUACACCAAUACGGGUUAUGAGAGAACAGGCAGAAGUUUGGAACGGAUAACCAUUGUGCCCGAAAGCGGUUCAUAUCGAGUGGAUUCGGUUCGGAGGGGGAAGCAGGCGCAUCCACAGCAGAGUCGGGUGAGGUCCACAGAGUCCCUUGCUCUCGAGUCAUCAAGUCUUCAAAAACCAAGUAUUGUGGAGGCUGGGUUACCGAGGUCCCAGAGUGAGUCAGCCACGGGAUUCACUGUCUCCAGACGCCAUGGGCGGAGCCGAGAUGAGCAGAGACGCCACACCAUCACCAACGGGGUGGAUUAUGGAAUGCUGAAGCAGAUGAAGGAGUUGGAGCAGGAGAAGGACUCUCUUCUGGCCGGUCUGGACGUGGUGGAGCGGGCUAGAGAGUGGUACCAGACCCACAUCCACAACGUCACAGAGAGACAGAGGCACGUGGGCCAAAGCAACCACUGCACGGAUUUCUUCACAGAAUCCCAGAAACAAAGUUACAUGAAUGUUCUGCUUCCCAAGCUGCAGGAAGUCAACCGUUGCCUUAAUGACCUAAUUUCCUGCUCUGGAGCGCAGUCUUUCCCAUCCUCCAGCUCCCAGCCCACGGUGAUCUCCUCCAGCUCCCAGCCCACGGUGAUCUCCUCCAGCUCCCAGCCUCCUGCCCCCCCACAAGCCAUUCAGAGACUAAAGUACCAGAACCGCCUUCUCACCCAGGAGGUGACUGAUAAGGGUAAGCGCAUCACUCAGCUGGAGCAGGAGAAGUCUGCUCUGAUCAAACAGCUGUUUGAGGCUCGCGCCCGGAGCACGCACGACAGCAGCACCAUGGACUCCACCUUCAUCUGAAUACAGACGCCAUAAUACAACCACACUGGUCUCCAGCUCUAUCUGACCCCCCCAGUCACAACAAGACAACUGUAUCAGCUGUACCACUCCUACUGGAUUCCACACUCAACUGACCACUUCUGUCAUGAUGAAAGCACCAUGAUCUUUUUACCCCGCAUUGUACCACUCCCUUUGGAUCUGUCCAACUGACCACUCCACUUAAAAUGGCCUGCACACUAAUCUGGGCCGGCCACUCCUUGAAGGGAGGGACCCCCGAGUCAACCCUCCAAUGACAGUCAGCCUCACCCACUGGGCAAAAAUCCAGGAACACCAUAGUCUUACCACUCCUAACUGGGGCCUUCCCAGGAUUCCACUCCCGCUUGAUCACUCCAAGGAUCUACUGUGAUGCACUAGGAUCCUACCUUAUUGGACCAGCCUUUACGUUUACCCUCCCUCUCAUCACAGUAUAUCCUAUGUGAUUGGACAUCAUGGACUACAUUUAAAACCAUUACAUGGAGCUACAGGAUCCAUCCCUGCCAAUCACCAUGACAACAGCUGCUGUACAAAAUACAUUUGUUGGAGGGACUUCCGGACCGAUACACACACCACACUAAAAAUGUAGAUGAAAAAGUUGAUGUGCUGUGAUCUACCAUUCCAACACAAUGUUGUUAACCAUUUCAUCCAGAGACUUUGAUCCCGGUCACACUUUGGUAGAUAUUUCUCCCCUUCUAUUCCAGUACACCCAGUUGAGUAUCUCAAACCUUCAUUGAAAUGGUUGAUAUGAGGAGAAGCUGAGCUCCCCUGACCUGGAGGACACCAUGACUGUGCGGCAUCUCAUUUAUGUCUCUCUAAUUACCCUUUAAGUGACGCACCAGUAUAUAUAGCCUAUUACCCACCAUUUUAGAAGCAGAGCAGCAUGUAAAUGUCACAUUUUGUUUCCCUUAAAGUGAAUGUAUUGAGAGCACCAAAAGGUGACGCAUGUCCUACAAGCCAAGGGGAUCUAGUAGUGGAGAGGGUAAGAGAGAAGUUUGCACGUAGAAGAGACUUGAAGAUGAGAAGGAUUGGGUUAUAUUGAAUGUGCAUUGAGCCCUGGUCCUCAGUGGCAGUGUGACCACUGGAGCAGGACGUGGCUCAGAGAAGAGGGCCGUUGUGUUGGCUAGUGGAAUGAAAGUGACUCCUCCUUGGUUAAUAGGCCUCUAAUGUAAUGUAAUGAUUCACGCAAGACUGGUAUUAUAGUGCCACUUCUCCUCUGUGGUGUCCUGGAGCCUUUGUGUAAAAAAAAGAAUGAGUGAUACCAAUUUCUGUUCAUCCAUGUACUAACAUGGUAUGUGAGACUUGGUUCCCUGAGAGGUGAACACCAAGCAUAGGUACAAACGCUCUUUAAUGCUGUAUCUCAUAAUGGUCCCACUAAUCCAGGACAAUAAACCACAUGGUCAACAGGCCGUUCAGUCUUGAAUCCCCUUUUUAACUGAGAAAAUGUUUUUUAGUGGCUGUAGAUUGCUAUGUAACGCAGCUAUGUGAUGAUGUCUGCAUAUCAAUACUCUCUGCUGUGACUGGCUGCCUGUCUGUCUCUCCUGUUUGAUUGGACGUCUUUGGUGUCGUUGUUAUCUUGCUGCACAUGAGUAUAUAAGUGAAUGCCACCCUAUCCUUUCCGAUUUUCAAUUGAAGUAUUCCCAUUUGACUGUGAAAUAAACAUGACCAUAUGGUGCCAAUAAGGUCACAUUAUCAGCCACCUUUUCAUCUAUUUCUGUGGUGUUUUACCCUGUGAUCAAUUUAGCCUUGCUUUUUCAUUGCUUUGUAUUCCAGGGUUGAUCCAGAUGAGGGUCAUCAGUAGUAGGGUGGUUGUAAGAUGUCAUAUUAGCCUCUUGUUGAACAAAGUUGACUUGAUUUAGAAAGCAGUCACCUCUAUGUAGGUGGAUGUUAGGGUCAGGAUGUUGACUGGACAGCUUGUGGGUGCAGGGUGCCUCCAAGUCGGGUUUUGCAUGGCACAGUUGGGAGCUUCUAAAAUACGUAGGACCUGUUAUAUUACUCUAAAUAAACUCUCCAACCUCUUUUCCAGUAUAGCAGAUAUUUAGAAAGUGAAGGAAAAUAUUAAUAAUUCUUACUUUGGUUAAAAAAGGUUUAUACAGACAGCCCACUGGGCAAAUAUUUCACGUUUGGAUUAAUAUUUGAUUUGUUGUUGUCAGAAAACAUGAAUUACAUUUAAAAUCAACCAAACAGUAAAACCCUCUUGUUGAUUUGUGGUUGAAACCGGUGUUAAAUUUAAACCAUUUAUGCAACAUCAAUCAAAGAGCCAUAUUUGACGCGGUGUUUACGUUGUGGGGAACAACAAUGUGCGGGGUGUCUAUGGAAAAAUGUUGAUACACAAAUGUCUUAAUGAGAAAGUGUGUAAGAGGACAGGUAUUCGAGGACGUGCAGCUUUGUCUUGAACCAGCAUUCCCUAAAACAGGAGGUGUGAUGACGACGUGAUUUUGGAGUUGUGGCAACGCGGGACUAGAUGGCGCGUAGUAGUGCUCUUGUGUGGUGAAAGAAAACUGUCGUGUUUAUCUGGCUAGAAUUACUGAUACAUUUGUAUCUGAUACUCUUUCUCUCUCUUCUUUUGUAAAACUCCUUUUGUCGGUGGUUGCCUGUAAAUGGCAGCGUUAUAUAAUCACACAUAUAGAAUAGCCCUUAACUAGUUGACUGUUAUAUAAUCACACAUAUAGAAUAGCCCUUAACUAGUUGACUGUUAUAUAAUCACACAUAUAGAAUAGCCCUUAACUAGUUGACUGUUAUAUAAUCACACAUAUAGAAUAGCCCUUAACUAGUUGACUGUUAUAUAAUCACACAUAUAGAAUAGCGCUUAACUAGUUGACUGUUAUAUAAUCACACAUAUAGAAUAUCCCUUAACUAGUUGACUGUUAUAUAAUCACACAUAUAGAAUAGCCCUUAACUAGUUGACUGUUAUAUAAUCACACAUAUAGAAUAGCCCUUAUUAACUAGUUGACUGUUAUAUAAUCACACAUAUAGAAUAGCCCUUAUUAACUAGUUGACUGUUAUAUAAUCACACAUAUAGAAUAGCCCUUAACUAGUUGACUGUUAUAUAAUCACACAUAUAGAAUAGCCCUUAUUAACUAGUUGACUGUUAUAUAAUCACACAUAUAGAAUAGCCCUUAUUAACUAGUUGACUGUUAUAUAAUCACACAUAUAGAAUAGCCCUUAUUAACUAGUUGACUGUUAUAUAAUCACACAUAUAGAACAGCCCUUAUUAACUAGUUGACUGUUAUAUAAUCACACAUAUAGAAUAGCCCUUAACUAGUUGACUGUUAUAUAAUCACACAUAUAGAAUAGCCCUUAACUAGUUGACUGUUAUAUAAUCACACAUAUAGAAUAGCCCUUAUUAACUAGUUGACUGUUAUAUAAUCACACAUAUAGAAUAGCGCUUAACUAGUUGACUGUUAUAUAAUCACACAUAUAGAAUAGCCCUUAUUAACUAGUUGACUGUUAUAUAAUCACACAUAUAGAAUAGCCCUUAUUAACUAGUUGACUGUUAUAUAAUCACACAUAUAGAAUAGCUCUUAACUAGUUGACUGUUAUAUAAUCACACAUAUAGAAUAGCCCUUAUUAACUAGUUGACUGUUAUAUAAUCACACAUAUAGAAUAGCCCUUAACUAGUUGACUGUUAUAUAAUCACACAUAUAGAAUAGCCCUUAACUAGUUGACUGUUAUAUAAUCACACAUAUAGAAUAGCCCUUAACUAGUUGACUGUUAUAUAAUCACACAUAUAGAAUAGCCCUUAACUAGUUGACUGUUAUAUAAUCACACAUAUAGAAUAGCCCUUAUUAACUAGUUGACUGUUAUAUAAUCACACAUAUAGAAUAGCCCUUAACUAGUUGACUGUUAUAUAAUCACACAUAUAGAAUAGCCCUUAUUAACUAGUUGACUGUUAUAUAAUCACACAUAUAGAAUAGCCCUUAACUAGUUGACUGUUAUAUAAUCACACAUAUAGAAUAGCCCUUAACUAGUUGACUGUUAUAUAAUCACACAUAUAGAAUAGCCCUUAACUAGUUGACUGUUAUAUAAUCACACAUAUAGAAUAGCCCUUAUUAACUAGUUGACUGUUAUAUAAUCACACAUAUAGAAUAGCUCUUAACUAGUUGACUGUUAUAUAAUCACACAUAUAGAAUAGCCCUUAUUAACUAGUUGACUGUUAUAUAAUCACACAUAUAGAAUAGCCCUUAUUAACUAGUUGACUGUUAUAUAAUCACACAUAUAGAAUAGCCCUUAUUAACUAGUUGACUGUUAUAUAAUCACACAUAUAGAAUAGCUCUUAACUAGUUGACUGUUAUAUAAUCACACAUAUAGAAUAGCCCUUAUUAACUAGUUGACUGUUAUAUAAUCACACAUAUAGAAUAGCCCUUAUUAACUAGUUGACUGUUAUAUAAUCACACAUAUAGAAUAGCCCUUAUUAACUAGUUGACUGUUAUAUAAUCACACAUAUAGAAUAGCCCUUAUUAACUAGUUGACUGUUAUAUAAUCACACAUAUAGAAUAGCCCUUAACUAGUUGACUGUUAUAUAAUCACACAUAUAGAAUAGCCCUUAACUAGUUGACUGUUAUAUAAUCACACAUAUAGAAUAGCCCUUAUUAACUAGUUGACUGGUUUUGUUUCCAAUUUGUUCUUUCUGAUCAAAUAAAAAAAGUAACCCGUGCCAAGUUGAUGGACAGGUUGAAAUGAA